AUGUUCGAGAAUUACAAGUCAGUUGUCCAUGAUUUGAUCAAAAAACACACAAAACUUCCGCUUGAACCCUAUAUCAAUGAAUUGGCAGCUUUAUCGCAUAUUUUGAUCUUAAACAAGCAUCAGCACAGUUCUAUUGCCACGAAGGUAUUUUCCAGUGAAUUAUUGGAAGAAUUAGCAGCGUCUUUGUCUUCCGAAUCGAUGAACUACAAUCUCGAUUUCAAUGAUCAGCAUUAUCUGACGCUCACAAAAACCAUCACGAAUCUCAGCAUGUCAAUUAAAACAAGAGAGCAAGCCAUUGUUGAACUUACAGUCAUGUCUGCUGAUAUGGAUUAUGGUCCUAGACGUCUUGUUCGUGGAAUCUCCAAUUUAAUUCAAAAGUUACCAAACACACCAUUGAAAGACAACAAUGACAUCAGUGAAAGCGAACUAUGGAGUACUUACUUUGACCCUCUACUUUCAUGCUUAAUCUGUGAUCCGGAUAGGCUUGUACAUUUACGUUGGACGAAUUCCAUUCCAAUCGAAGGUGGAAAAUUGCGACCAGAUGCAAUCAUCGCCAAAAAACAACAACUCGAGUAUGAUCACAGUGUUGGGCACGGUGAAGUGAAAGUGAAUCAAGGCAACACAAGCAAAUACCUUCUCUGCAUGGACACCCUUCGAUUGGCAAUUUUCAACAAAAAUGCAAUCGACGUGAACAAAUUGGAUGGAUCGCUUGCUUUUCAAAUUCAUGGGUUUAACAUCACGUUUUUUGUCUCUCGCUUGGUUGCCAAUGGGAUUUACACUUUUUUUGAAAUUGCACAUUUUCGUUUUCCUCAAUCCUUGGAUGAUCUUCCAUCUUUCAUAUCCUUGAAGAACAUGAAAUUGUUGCUUGGUAUCAACGAGGCAUUUUGGCGCCUGUGCAGAAAAUCCGACGAUUCUGCCACCAUAGCUGGUAGAUACAAAGUAACAUUAGCAAGCUUGGAAACACUGAUUGACGGAAGCAAAGAUCGAGUAAGAAGCUGUUCUGUGCGAUAUGGACAGUAA